UAAAAUGAAAACUAAUCUCAGCGGAAGACUUGCCUUCCUCCAGGAACCAUGGCUGGGACGGUCCUCUUCCAAAUCCUCCUCCUCGUGGGGCUCGUGAGCGCCAAGAGGUUUUCGUGUUUCCCCGAGUAUUGCCUUCACGACAAAGACUACGAGGAGCUCCUGGAUAUAGUCAGGGAUGGGCUGGGACCUGCAACGCAGCCAGCAAACGUGGUCAUCGUCGGCGCAGGAAUAAGCGGGCUCACGGCAGCGAAGCUCCUCCAAGACGCCGGCCACAAGGUCACCAUUUUGGAAACCAGCAAUCGGGUCGGGGGAAGGAUCAGGACCUACCGAGAGGAAGGACAGGACUGGUAUGUGGAGCUGGGAGCCAUGCGCCUGCCAGGCAAGCACAGGCUGGUCCGUGAAUUUAUUAGGCAGUUCGACCUGAAGCUAAACCCCUUCCUGCAGAGCGACAACAACACCUGGUACUUUGUGAACGGCGUUCGAGCGAGAGCCGGGGACGUGGAUAGAAACCCCGAUAUCCUAAACUACAAGCUGCAUCCCUGGGAGAGGGGCAAAAGCGCCAGCCAGCUUUAUAGGGAGGCACUACAUAAGGCUUUCAAGAAGUUCCAGACUAUGGACUGCAAGGAAUAUCUGACAAAACACGACUCCUUCUCCACCAAGGAAUAUUUGAUCAAAGUAGGAAAUCUGAGCCGAGGAGCUGUUCAGAUGAUCGGUGACCUGUUGAAUGAGGACUCUGGAUUUUAUCUGUCUUUCCUGGCCUCCCUGUGGGAUUUUGAUAUCUUCUCUGAAGAGGAAAGCUUUGACGAAAUCACAGGGGGUUUUGACCAACUGCCCAAAGCCUUCCACGAAGCCCUGCCGGACGUCGUCAAAUUCAACUGCACGGUGGAGAAAAUCAUGACGAAGGGAGGCAAAGUCCGGGUGUUUUACCGUGCUCCGGACACCCUGGCCCCGAGUAUAGCAACCGCGGAUUACGUCCUCGUCACUUCGUCUGCCAAAGCCACCAGGCACAUCCAAUUCUUCCCACCACUCUCUUCUCCCAAAACCCAUGCCCUCCGCUCCAUCCACUAUGCAAGUGCCUCCAAGAUCGUGUUGGCUUGCACCGAGAAGUUCUGGGAGAAGGACGGCAUUCGAGGAGGGCACUCCAUCACCGACCGCCCUUCCAGGUUUAUCUACUACCCCAGCCACAACUUCUCCAGUGGCGUGGGGGUGAUCCUGGCCUCCUACACCUGGAACGAGGACGCCGAGUUCUUCCUGCCCCUCACGGAUGAAAAGUGCCUGGACGUGGUGCUCCAGGACCUGGCCGACAUCCACCAGGUGAGCAAGGAGUACCUGCAGUACACCUGCGACCGGUACGUGAUACAGAAGUGGCAGCUGGACAAGCACUCGCUGGGGGCGUUUGCGGCCUUCACCCCUUACCAGUUCACCGAUUUCUCGCGGGCUCUCUUUGAGCACGAGGGCAGGGUGCACUUCGCGGGAGAACACGCCGCCCAGCCUCACGCCUGGAUCGACACCUCCAUGAAGGCCGCCGUGAGGGCCGCGAGCAACAUCCACGACGACAGCGAGGCCCGGACGCUCGGCGAAAACGAGGAGCUGCUGGAAGAUUUCUUGGAGAAGGAUGAGCUCUGAGAAGGUCCGACCUUACCACAUGCCACCAGCAUGCUUUGAAUUCAUUCUUGGUGGCACAAACCCCUGCCCAGGGUUUCCUCUUUCCAGCAGCAGCCAAGGAAACAAAAACUGAAAAAAAAAAAAGUCUGUCCUCAGACAAAAGACUAAUAGUGACCUGGUUAAACACUUAGGAGGAGAAAAGGGAAUACUAAAAGUAAUCUCUGUGGGUUUCAUGACACGAUAUUACCCCUACUCAGGUGUGCUGUGGUAUAUUCUAAUUUAUUUAUGUAUACAAUACUUCAGGGAACAACUAAUAUGGAAUAAAGGCUGGUAUUUCUCAGU